AUGAGCGAACAACACCAUCACAAGGCUCCGAACCACAGCCGACCUCUACUAUACAUCCCCGAUACAUUAUGGACGCGAUCAUUUGCAGUAACCGUGAUUACAGAGACUGUUCUCACAGUGGUGAUUGAAAGCUGGAUUCUCAUGCGCCUACGGGACGAUCUCGAAGACCACAGCAAAACAGGUGGACAACUGCGCCUUCAGUCAUUCCUAGGCCUAUACAUUUUCGCUCUGCUAUACGAACUGGCUCUGUCAUAUGACGCACUGCGCCGGAGAAACACAAUCCAGCUGGUUGGACUCUGCAUCUGUAAUCAAGGCCUGUUCGCAUAUGGCCUUCUCCAGAUGCGGGAGAUCAAGGACAGAAUCUCCAGCUUGAGCAGUAAGAACCUCAGCGACCGUCUGCAGGACUUUUAUAAGAUCGAGCUCAUUCUUGUCCCGGUCUUUUUGGGUGCUGGAACUAUGUGCAUGAGCUUUUUUACGUGGAAAUUGCGCGGCGAAUUUUCAUGGUCUAUAUACAAGAAUAUCAGUGCAGAUUUGCAGAUGAAGCGCCGAUACUUUGUAUAUCAGGUGUACAUCGCUCUCCUUAAAUUCGAUUUCUUUUUCGUAUUCGGAACUCAGCUCCAAAUCAUUCUUGUGGUCUUCCGAGCCCAAGACGUCAAUUUUAUCCUCAAUUCCUCCGUGAUCCCAGUCACGAUAACGACCUUGGUCCUCUCAGCUCAAUUUUGCAAGCGUGAAAUGAAAAAAUCUCUCAUGCUCAUGAUGUUCUUUAUGCUUCUUUUGAUUGGAUUCCUUAUCGUCACUCUCCUUCGAAUUUACAGCGGCGCGGAGAGCUUUGAUUUCAGCUCUUUCCGGGUGUCCCUGACGUUAUUCGCUGGUGUAUCAGUGCUGUUGAUGAUUCUCACAUUCGUCAUCUCCGUGAUGUGUAUUCUUAAUUUCAAUAAAGGAUUGAAGGAUCACGUCUACCAACCUAAAAAGGGGAAAACGUCUGUUUCGUUGGAGCUCCAAUCCCAAGAGACACCUACGCGGUUCUUGUUGAACUAA